AUGCAACACAAGACUUACAAGAUUGUGAGAUGGGAAAAACCACCAACAAAUAUGUACAAACUAAACUCAGACGGGAGUUGUCGAGAUGAAAAAUGUGGUGCUGGAGGAAUCAUUAGAGACAGCAAUGGUAACAUCAUGCUAGCAUUCUCAGUCUUUUUGGGUGAUGUAACGAGCAACUUGGCGGAAGGACAAGCUAUGCUACUUGAGUUUCAAAAGUGUGAAACACUUCACCUACAACCCAUAAUCGCGCAAGCGGACUCCAACUUACUGACGAAAUGCUCAAGAGAUGAAGUGACCGCACCACGGAGAAUAGAGAAGGUGGUGGAAAAAUUCAUGAGACUUGAGGCACUGUUAUCGUGA